UUUAUCCGCUGAUAGAGACCGAGGGAGAUCUGAGCCCAGAGAGGAGGAGGAGGAGGAGAAGGAGGAGGAGGAGGAAGUCAUGGAGACUUUUCGACUGUGAGUGAAGCGGAGAAAGUUGUUCUUUUAGUGGAGGAUGCGGAGAGGAAGCGAUGCAGGAAAGGAGCUGAGGACUCUGUUGGGAGUUCCUGACUGAAGUCAUGGGUUCGGAGGCGAUGGAGGACUGCGUGCAGGGGGCGCUCUCGUCCCUGUAUCCUCCCUUUGAGAGCACGGCGCCGCCCCUCCUCUCCCAGGUCUUCUCCGUCCUGGAGUCGACGUAUCAACACGACAGUCUCCGCUACCUCCUGGACUACUUUGUUCCUGCCAAGCCUCUGCACAAGCUGCAGCAGCACGCCUGUUCUCAGUACCUGGGCUGCUUGUUCCUCCACUCCGGCUGGCCUCUGUGUCUGGGAGAGAAAGUGGUCGUCCAACUCUCCACCCUGGACUGGAGGCUCCUGCGCAGUAACGACUUCUACCUGCAGGUGGUGCCCUUCUCCACGCGCUGCCCCCGACUGGCUCUGAAAUGUCUGGCACCCGGCGGGCGCACCGUUCAGGAAAUCUUGGUGCCCGAGUCACAGCACCCCCUUGUGUUCACCUCUGAGUGGCUGCACAGCAUCAACAAAGAGCGAGGCCACAAGAGGGAAGUCGGCGGAGGACUUGACACCUGCCUGGUCAGCACAUGCGAUGGUGUGGUUCGAAUUCCGUGGAAGGAGGUGGUCUACCCAAAGUUCAUCCACGACCCGUCGGAGGAGCUGGGUUUGAUGUCGAACUACGACGGCUCCAUAUCCGGCCGCCUGCCCAGUGAGGGGGGCAGCAGCAGCCUCGGGGGCUGGGGUGGAUCAUCCUCUGGGGAACUGGACUCCUGGUCCUGGGACGAGGAGGAGGAUCUACAGCCGGACGGGCUGGACUCUGGGUCAGCGCUCCCCCGGCGAAGGCGCAGCGAAGACGGGCUUGGGCGGACAGCGAGGCCCCCUCAGCUUGACGGGGACUAUGUGGAGCUGUUGGAGCCUAGGGGGGGUCCGGAUGGGGGGGUCGACCCACGGCAAAGGUACCUGGAGAUGCAUGGGAUCUCCAAGACCAAGACGUUGCCUCUGUGCAGGAGAAGUAAGGCCAUCAAACUCCAAAAUGGCAGAGCUUGGGGGUAUGGGAGAGUGGAAAGGUCAGGAAGCCUUCGGGCGGUUCUUGGUGCUAGAGGAGACGUGGCGAGCCCCAGAGGUGACACCUUAGCUCCUCCUCCAGGAGGCGCUGAGCCUUGCAGAGGGAGGCGGUCUUAUUCCUCCUCUGUCCUUGACUCUGACGAAGGAGAUAAAACCAGCAGGGACUCGGGGGGUGUAGGAAGCAGCCAGCUGUUUUUUGAUGGCCCAUCCAAGGAGAGGAGGCCAGGCGUUGGCAAGGAGAGAGAGAGCGGCGGCCUCGUGCAGCCGGGCAGAGACGAGCUCAGAAGUAAAGACUCAGAGAGCCGCGACUGUUUGGUCACUAACGAAAUCCACAUGUCGAGGAACCACAAGGUGGAGCAUGUGGUAGAGGGCCACUCCGAUCCCGGGUCUCACUCAGACUCGGUCUUUGAGGACACUGAUAAACCACUGAGCGGCGACAGUGACGCCACCACGCCGACAUCAGACGCACCAGAGAGACCGUUCACUGGCGUUCCAGGAAGUGGAGACAUCACCAGCAGUGGGUCCACAACCACGAGUUCCUCUAAGCCGAAGGUGGCAGGGGAACAGGAAGGAGGAAAGACGGAGGACAGGAUGUGUCCCAGAGGAAAGGAAGUUAAAACUGCAGGAUUCAGAGCACCACGGAGGAAAAGGAAGGGGAAGGGGGCCAAAGGAAGAGCCAGGUCGGCCGGGCGUGCACACCACAAGGUCUCGAAGCUGCCGGGUAAAGCUGCUCCGUCAGGUCCGACCUGCAGCUCUACUUCCACAAAGCUGCCGGUCACCGAGGAGAACCAGUCGGGACAAACAGAACCGGCUGUCGAACCGGAUGCCGUGCCCACUGCAAACAAAGAGGCCGCGGAGAACUCCAAGACAAGCGGUCCAGAGACGGAAGCUGAGUCUUUGUCCGUCUGUAACGGACAAUCCGGCACAUCCCUAUUUAACCACUCUGAUGAAGAGCCACAGGCGGCAGAGACAUGUCCCGGUCAACUGAACGGCAUCUUGUUCAAAGAGCCCCCCCUCCUCAGGGAGCUGAACACAGAACUCCUCCAGUCGGGGAAGCUGAAGUUGACAGGGACGGUGGACCGGCUGGGACGUGCUCUGGUUGUCUCGGAGAUGGACGCCUCAGCUGAGGGUUCAUGUGAGGACGAGACGGUUCGGGUCCUGGCCUGCUACCACAGCAUCACCCGGCCGGCAGCCAAAGACAAAGGUCUCACGGUGUUGAUGGACAGCAGACGCUCUCCACCCUCCGCCCGCUGCCUCUCUGCACUUCACAAGUUCCAGCUGCUGGUCCCUGGAGGCCUCGGGUCGGUUCUGGUUUUGUUGGAGGAGCAGCAGGAGGCCGUCGCUCUCCAUGUGGAUGGAGCAGAGGUCCACAUGGUGCAGGGAACCGGGGUCCUGCAGCAGUUUGUGGACAAGCAGCAGCUGCUCACAGAGAUGGACGGAGACUUCGUCCACUGCCACUCAGACUGGCUCGCCUUCAGACUGAGCCUGGAGAGUCUGACAGAGCGUUGUGAGAGCGCCCUCAUGCUGCUGGGAGAGGCGCUGCAGUCGAUGGACACUGAGCCACUGCCAGACAACAUCAAGGCGGUUCCUCUGAGCAUCGACAAACACCGACAGCUGAUGGCGAGCGUCCUGUCCGACCAGCGCCUAACUGAGCUGCAGCAAAGGGGCGGGGCCUGGCUGGCCGGACUGACUAAUAGCACAUCUGGACUAGCACAGAAGUCGCCAGACUGCAGGGCUGCGCUCGCCGCCACCUCCAAACUCUACGACAGCGUGGACGACGCCCUCCACCGGCUCGUCCGCGUGUCCAACCAGAGAGGUCGCGACCUGGAGGCUCUGGGACGACUGGCGGGGCUGGCGGACCAACUGGAAAAGUGCGAUAAGGAGAUCGAGCGAGUCCAGUCCCAGCUGGAGGAUUACAAGGACCCCCCUCUCUCCCUCAGCCGACUCUCCCUCAAGCAGCAGAAGUUUAAGACCUUCAGAGAGACGGCGAAUGAGCUGCACAGCGAGACUCUGUCCGUCCUCAGCGUCCUGGAGAGCUGGUGCGAGCUGGACUGGGGGGGGCUGAGCAACGUCCAGAUCCGACUUCCUCCUGUGAGGGAGAAGCUGAGGGACAUGUCCCACUGUCUGUCUGACUGCUGGACCACCCUGGACAACACCCAGAGGCUGCUGUCCACGCUGACCGAGGCGACCCAGUGGUGUGAUGCCGUCUCCUCCUCCUCCUCCUCCUCCUCCUCCUCUUCGUCCUCUAUCACCUGCCCUCUGGCCUCCCUCCCUCCCAUCCCCCCGUCACGUUUCCAGGACGCCCGCUCCCUGGCUCUGGAGCUCGGCGGGGGGGCGCUGCUGGACCUCUGGACCCAGACGGUGGAGCGCUACCAGAGGACGGUGGCUCAGGUCAAGCCGCGGUUCCUCCAGCCGGACAGGGGCCAGAACCCGGGCCAGGGGAAGCCCAAGACGCCCUCGGCCAGCAGCCUGUGGGACCUGAUGGGCCCCGAGGGGGAGGGCGACUGGGGGCUGGGGGCCGGAGGCAGCGAGGGGGGGCUGCAGUCCUGGGGAUCUCUGGCGUCGCUGUUCAGACCCCAGACCUGCUCCACCCUGAAGAUCGGAGAGGAGAGAGGGAAUAAGAAAGACGGAGCAGGGGGAGGAGCCGGGGGAGGAGCUGGAGGAGGGAAGUUCCUGCAGAAUCUUCUGAAUCCUGGAAAGAAGAGCCCCCCAGAGGCGCCGCUCCCCCCCAAACCCCCCAGGAAGCGCCACCCGAGCUUCGACCUCCAGGCGCUCCUCGCCCCCCGUCGGGGGACAGCCACCCCCAAACCCGCCGAGUCCCCGGUGAGCGGGACGAGCCGCAGCUCCCCCAUGUCCUGGCUGGGGAGACGGGCGUUCGCCGACCCGGUCAUCACCACCGGCAUGGCUGCGGCUAUACCUGGGUGGGGCGGGGGCGGGGCGGGAGGAGGCGUGUUGAUCCGGGGGGUGGAGGUCAGCAGCAAGGAGGUGGUGGACUACACGGGGACGCCGCGGCAGCACGUCCUGCUGGGGAGGACGGAGAGGGAGACGGGGACAGACCGGACCGGCUCAACUCCCCAGAGCAAGCUGUACCUGCUGUGGUGCCGGAUGCUGAGUUCAGAGAGGCAGUACGUGGCCGUGCUGAAGGGCGUAGAAGAGACGUACCUCCCCCUGCUGGAGCUCUCCGACACGCCGGCCUCCAUCAGGGGGAAGGCCAACGCCCUCUUCCCCAACUGGGCCGGCCUCAGCUCCUUCCACGCGCAGAACCUCCUCCCGGCCAUGGAGGGCGCUCUCGUGCAGAGCUUGUUGCAACAGGACUGCUUCAGCAAAUACCGGGAGCAGUUUCUUCAGUAUUCUCACUACAUCCGGACCAAACCAGAACUGGACUCUCCACUGGUCACACAGGCCGCGGACUUCUUCAAGUCCAAACUCCCUGCUGCCUCCCCCCUCUCCCCCCUCUCCUUCCCCCACUGCCUGCAGGCCCCCACCCAGAGGCUGGAGCAGUACUGCGAGGCCCUGGAGGAGCUGGGAGGGAUCAACGCCGCCUCCGACUCCGCCCUCCCCAUCCUCAGACACGCCCAGCAGCACGGCGAGGACCUCAGGGCCAGUGACCUCAUCGUCGGAUGUCCGACCCCCGUGGCGGAGCGUGGCGAGCUGGUGCGGCAGGGCGAGCUGAUGGUGUGUGGCGGAGGUCGGAGGAAGAGGGCGGGGGCGAGGAACGUCUUCCUCUACCAGCACGUGGUCAUCUUCACCAAGCAGAGGAGCCCCGCGCCCGGACGCACGGCCUACAGCUACAAGCACAGCAUCAAGACGGGUGAGAUGGGUCUGACCCAGCGAGUGGGCGACGACGGGCUGAAGUUUGAAGUUUGGGUUCGUCAGGCUCCUCGAACCCGGGACUGCGUCACGCUGCAGGCCCAGGACCGGGAGGGCCGGAAGGCGUGGACUCACGACAUCGCACAACUGCUGUGGACUCACGCCAUCAGCAACACAGAGCUGUGCCUGAAGGAGUCCCUGUGCAUGGGCAUCUCCAGUAAACUGCUGCUGGACGCCUCUGGAACCCCCGGCUCAGAGCUGGACUCCAUCUACAGCCUCAACGACAGAGUCCACAGUAGCUGCUCCGACUCCUCCUCCGUGGGCAGUCAGAAGGAGGGGGGAUCCCCGGCGUCUGGGAGGGACCCCAGGAGAAGCUCUGGCUCAACAAGUUACUCACAGAGUCACUCUCCCUCCACGGCCGUGUAACUGCAUCGCAACACGAAAACUGGACCCCGGACCUUCUGAAGACCUGGUCCUCUCAGCUCCACCGGUGGCCGAGCCGAGCUGGACUUCAGGCAGCGAGGAGACUCUGGUUGAACUUCUCCCACCGGCUCGCUCUCCUUCCCCUUCGCCCCCGAGAACAAAUCAAAUGCCAGCAGAUUAUCUGGAGCAGCGCUGCACCGCUUCCCCCCCCGUUUUAACCCCCCCGCCACCUCCGAUAUGAAAGAGAACCAACAGAGAGCUGAACUCCCCCCCCCACCCAAAAGAGGGAUCAAACUGCCCCUGUUUAGAGCAUGACGAGCACCAGCAGGGCUCUCUGCACUCCGCCAUUUUGGAUCUGCCAGUCUCAGUUGCUGGCAGAGUCAUUGACACCGAAGGCACUUCAGCCACACAGUGCUGCCAUUGUCUGUCCCGCGGCUUCCCACUAGGCCAAACCACUUGGUCUGAACCACUGACUGCCGGCCUGGCUCGCUGGACGCAUCACAUGCUCCGGCCUCUGAUAAUAAACAGGAAGUAAGAUGCCAGGGCGUAAAUCCAGCGUACGAUUUAGAUUUAGAAUGUGUCAUGGACUUUGACUCACAACGCUCAGUGGACGACUCCACACUUCUUCUCUCCUGCCUGUGUGGAAAAGGAAGAAAUGCUAGGUGUGAUUGCAUCUAUGUAAAUGAGGCAGGGGUGGUGUGAGUGUGCACACACACACAAACACACACACAAACACACACACCGAUAGAGACGCACAGUGUCUCUCAACACAUGCAGUCAUUCUUAUUGUUGUCGGACAGUGGAGCACUGUUCACAUGCUCACACACACUCACUGUGGCCAUUUUAGAGGCUGGUACAAAACGACAGGCAGGGUUCCUCUCAGCUUCGCCUGGAUGAUGAACAUCUACCCCAUCGUUAUAAAGUCUGAUCCUGGGUCUGUCUCAGCUCAUGUUUUAGUUUUAUUAACAAGGAUCUACAGGAAAAUCUGUAUUUAGUCUUCUUCAAAGUGUAACUUGAAUAAUGUUCUUGUGUCUGACGUGACUUUAACGUACCGUCUUAUAUACGAUGCCAUAUCCUAUAUGCCAAAGGUUUAACAUGGGUGACUGUGCAAUGUGGAUUUGUGAACACAGAGUGUUGGGAUCGCUCUCAGAUUGAAGGUGGGUCCGUUGCCACGUUCUGGUUUUACUGGUUUCGUCCUUGCCACGAAAAAACAUGAACCGAUUGUUCUUUUAAAAAUAAGGAAUUUGAUCGAUCUGACCUGGAGACGUUUGGUUUCUGGUUCUCGGUUUGAUUCUGGAGUUGUGACGCCUCAGCUACGUUUUAAAUCAAUAGUUUGCACUUUCUUGAGUGAGAUUAUGAUAUCACAUGACUGCAUGAAUAUGGAAUUAAGUUAGCGUAGCUUAGCACUAAGACUGGAAGCAGAGGGAAACGUUUACUUAUAUCACAAAAUUUACGAUUUAACUCAUUCUAUGAUUAGCUUAGCCAAAAGUAUCUGAAGUUAUCUUAGCCUUUGCUUAAACAAGAUAAAACACAUUUGCUCACUUGCUAGCUGGUUCACUUCUUGUGCUAAGCUAAGCUAACUCUUGGCUGUAGCUUUAGACAGAGCUAGCCUCCUCUUGUUUUGCUUUAGCUUCGAGCUAGCUUCCUUUUUACCCCGCUUCAACUUGAUGUGCUAAGCUAACUUUGAUCUUAAGCUUGACUUUGAUGAGAGAAACUGGACAGUGAUGAUCAAGCUUUUAAUUCUGUUAAGCUAAUAAGCACAUUUCAAGAUAAAAUAUGGAGCCAUUGCUUUCGGAUACAGAGUUUUAAAACGAAUGGAACAAAUGAUAAAAAUAACGACUAAAACUCUGCUCCUCUGCCAGGAUCCAUUUAUAGAAAUACAUGUUCUACUCAAAAUUCCAAUACACACAUCAGAACUGAAUACAAACAAAACAAUCAACAACAUAUCUGAAAUCAGUUUCAACAUUUCAACGACGUAGUUCAUGUUUUACGACGGCAAGGACGGGCUCGGUAAAGACCAAUCAACAUCCACUCGCUGGUUUGAUUCUACGUGUGUACUGAACAACACCACGCUUCAGGUACAAGCUGAAACCACCAGGUGGCGUAAGUCGAGUCUGCAGACGACCUCAGCUCUUUGUCACCGUUAUCAGAUUUAGCACGUUUCAUAUCUGCAUCCAAAUUCAGAAAUUGCAAAUGGCCAUCGAGCCGUUUCUGAAUCAAUAUGUAAUUUGUUGGCUCGGAGAAACCCCGUGUGCUUCGUAGCCUUUAGCUGUUUGGUACAUUGCGUUAUAUCGGAGCAGAGUAAUGAGCACCAUCUUUCAUUCUUACUGCAGUAUAGAUUGUCAUAUGCAGACCCCCUCACUUCUAUAUGCCACAGCAAGGCAGUAUUAUUAAUGUAUAGAAACUUUCUCUUUUUCUACGACACACCCGGCCUGAUGUUUACAUUUUUUGGAAGGAAUGUUUGAAAUGCAUGUUUUGCUUAUACUUGAUAAUUGUACUGUUUUUUUUUUUGGUGAUGAAUUAAAACUGGAAGGAAGUUCAG